AGAUAUCCAAGAAACUCACGCCAGGAAAUUUGAUGAUGCUAAUACAUCUUUCUACAAAUUCUCGUGUUGAUAGGUCUUAGCAAAAAAUGGCACUCCCUACGCACCGCGCAAGUAUCUUUGAACGGUGCUGCGAUGUGAAGCAAAGACUAGAAAUUUUGAAAGAUGAAGUCGAAAAUGAGACCCAGAGCGAUCGGCUACUUACACAACCGAAUGCUGUUGAUGAUAUCUUGGACCGAUACUUACUGUGGGCUGGAAAUCUAGGUGUUCUUUAUCCGCCAACGGACCAGUUUUCGCUUGAACGUCUUCUCUCUAUUAUUCCAGAAGCCCGAGACCAGAUGUAUGACUUCCUGGACGACAUUCUUAACGCUAUUAAUGAAUGGAGAGAUAAACUACCUGUUAAUCGGCUUGACCAAACUGAUAUGACUGCGGGGAAUCUGCAAGGCGAGCUGAAACCGGCGCUUGAUCAUCAUUCAGCUUAUGAAGAGACUCAGACUAUGAUUGAAGUUGUAUCUCUAUGCGUCAGAUCGCUAUUCAGAAUGAGCGAUCUAGUCCAAGAGGAGAUUCACAAGAGUCAGUCCCUACUGGGCUUCCAGGAAUGGGAUGUCGUAGAGGCAUCAAAUGAAACGACAUGUGUCCAACAACAAUAUAAGUUGCUAAGUCUAGAAAAGACAAGAUGGUUAGCUGAACGAUUAGGGACUGCCAAUGCAAGAAGGAGGCGACAAAUAGUAUACUGGCAUGAUCGUAAAGCACAAUCAGAAGUGUAUAGAAAAAACACACCAGUACAAGAAAGAGCCGAAACAUCGUCAACAGAUACACCUAUGGAUGUAGAAUCUGCGGCAAGUCUUGGAUUACCAAGUUUGAAGGUACUGGCUUUAGAUGGAAUGCCGUUUGAGUGUCCCAUAUGCGCUAUCAGCCAGUCUUUUCAGAGCGAGGGGGAUUGGGUGUUCCAUGCGCUUAGCGACCUUAGGGCAUAUGUAUGCACUGCGGCAGAAUCAGAAUGCAUGGGUAAGAUGUUUAGUAGCCGUGAUGCAUGGGUUGAUCAUGAGUUACUAUUUCAUCGGUCCAGAUAUACUUGCGUAUUAUGUGGCGAGUAUAUUGGCAGCAGGGCCAUUGCCGAAUCCCAUAUUAGUUCUGUCCAUGGUGCAUUCCAGACUGAGCAGAUUAAAGCACUCGUCGACACAGGGCGAGUAGUGCCAACUUACUUUGAAGCCCGCGAUUGUCCCUUCUGUUUUGAAUGGGCUAAAUCACUCAGAUCUAAGGCACACACAGAGGACAAGUCUGUAGUUAUAACAGAUGGAAAACUGCUGGUGGCAAGGAUACAGUUUAUGAAACACAUUGCUACCCACCAGGAACGACUUGCGGCCUCUGUCGUGUCACACCCACGUAGGUCGGCUUUUCGCGUUACUACAAGACACGAAACGGGCGAGAGUUCGACUAUUCAUACUACUCCAACUGCUGCCACUUCUUCAACUGCGCUUACUGGAACCACAACGAGUGAAAGCUCAGCCAGGCCAGAUAAGCAGACAGCUCCUGUAGUUGGCAUUUCACGAGCAGAUAACCGGAGCACGACUAGGAGAGGUUGAGGCGGAUGUAGGGAUAUAGGGAUAUAGGGAUAUAGG